UCAUUCAAGCAUUUAAUUUUAAAAAUUAAGCGAGUUAACGUUCCACUGGAGGACGUAAAGUAAAUAAUAAUAUAUAAUAUUUAAAAAAGCAUUGGCAACUGUUUUUAGUGAAUAAACUUGAGAACCAGAGGCCCUGCGAGAACAACUAGGCCUUCCACAGACACCUGUGGCCGCAGAGCGAGGACCGAUGUCGGCGGAGGAGCACAGUAUGUCCGAGGUGGAAAUGAGUCCCGGGGUCUCGGACGACGGUCACUCCAUGUCCCCCGGACACUCGUCCGGUGCUCCCGGCGGGGCGGACUCCCCUCUUCCCGGUCAGGCGUCUCAGAUGCCGGGCGUCGGUGAUGAUGCGGCCGGGGUCUCGGUGAAGUCCGACGAAGACGACGACCGUUUCCCCAUCGGGAUCCGUGAAGCGGUCAGUCAGGUGCUCAACGGUUACGACUGGACGCUCGUACCCAUGCCCGUGCGCGUGAACUCGGGCAGCAAGAACAAACCGCACGUGAAGCGCCCGAUGAACGCAUUCAUGGUGUGGGCGCAGGCCGCGCGCAGGAAACUGGCGGAUCAAUAUCCGCACCUGCACAACGCCGAGCUCAGCAAAACACUCGGAAAACUCUGGAGGCUGCUGAACGAGUCAGAUAAGAGGCCAUUUAUCGAGGAAGCUGAGCGUUUGAGGAAGCAGCAUAAGAAAGAUUAUCCCGAGUACAAGUACCAACCACGUAGACGCAAGAACGGCAAACCGGGAUCCAGCUCUGAGGGUGACGCCCACUCUGAGGGCGAGGUCAGUCACAGCCAAUCACAUUACAAAAGUCUGCAUCUGGAGGUGGCACAUGGCGGAGCCGCAGGAUCACCAUUGGGCGAAGGACACCACCCUCACACUACAGGUCAGACUCACAGCCCUCCGACGCCCCCCACCACUCCUAAGACAGAAUUGCAGGGUGGUAAAUCCGGUGAGGGCAAGCGUGAGGGCGGAGCCUCCAGGAGCGGUUUGGGGGUGGGAGCAGACGGAAGCUCCGCCUCGUCAUCUGCUAGCGGAAAACCACACAUCGACUUUGGAAACGUGGACAUUGGCGAAAUCAGCCAUGAGGUGAUGGCCAACAUGGAGCCGUUCGAUGUGAACGAGUUCGAUCAGUACCUGCCGCCCAACGGGCACCCGCAGUCAUCGAGUGGCACAAGCGCUGGGUCUUCGGCGUACACUUACGGCAUCUCCAGUGCGUUGGCAGCCGCUAGCGGUCACUCCACUGCCUGGCUUUCCAAGCAGCUGCCGUCCCAGCAGCACUUGGGAUCGGAUGGUGGGAAGACGCAGAUUAAGAGUGAGACACACUUCUCCAGUGAUGCAGCGGCGAGCGGGUCACACGUCACAUACCUGCCACACUACAGCGCCGCCUUUCCCUCGCUGGCAUCCCGCGCGCAGUUCGCCGAAUACGCUGAGCACCAGGCGUCCGGCUCGUACUACGCCCACUCUAGCCAGACCUCUGGCCUUUACUCUGCCUUCUCCUACAUGGGCCCUUCACAGAGGCCCCUGUACACCGCCAUUCCAGACCCUGGCUCCGUGCCGCAGUCACACAGCCCAACACACUGGGAGCAGCCCGUAUACACCACCUUAUCUCGACCGUGACGCGGCGUUCUGGUUUGGUAUCCAGUCGAUGAAGGGUCCAACAAAAGUGUGACUGAAUAUCAUGACAAACGCUCACCUGCACCACAAUCUACACAGACAGGAACCUGAGAGAAACUUGUGUAUGUGUGUGGAGAUCUGCAGGGAACAUAUUCUCACGUGCCUCAGGCUGAUAAAACCUUCACAACCAACAUAGAUUCACUCAACGCUAGACGAAUUAAAGGAGGCAGAAAUUUGACACCAGUGGUCCCUCAUGAAACAUAUUACCAAAGUUCUGAGACCAAAACAUUAAACAACAUCCAACAAAAAUAGGUGCAUUUUCAUAACUCUUGAGUGGCAGUAACACUCAAACCAAACAUCAGUACAGAAGUCGCUCAAACACUAGAUCACUCAAGCUUCACACACACACAAACUUACAACUGAUGAUAGUAUCUGUAAAUCCAUGUUGUUGUUGUUUUGUAUGAAUGAAUAAUCUCUUUUUAUUAACCAAAACAAGGCCAUAUUGUUUUUAUCAACAAAUAAUGACGUGUUUUCGUUGUUGUAGUCGUUUCUAUUGUUGUUACUCUUGUUAUUUGUGCAGCCAUAACUACACUGAAAAGUCUUCACCACUGUCUAGUGUUUGUUAAUGACAUUAGUGUUUUAUGACUUUCAGCGUGUGUAAAUAUCAGUGCCAGGACGUGAUAAUUACUCGUCUUUACCUUUUACUCCAAACACAGGCAAUAUUUCAGUCGCAUCGGAAUUAACCGUUUCCAGUUAAUAAAGACAUUUUUUUUAACUUAAGUGCCUCAGUCCAUCAGCAACGGGUUGUCAUCGAGGAUAAAUUUGAAUUAAAUCUCACAAAUCUAUUUUUUUUUCAGCGCGCUAAAUUUAUCAGCCGUUUACCCGCUAUGAAUAUUUAAAUGCCCACGUGACAAAUAGUCUACAUGAGUUUGAAAGAGCGCGCCGUUUGGUUUUUUAUUGAAAUAAUGUCGUUUCAGAACAAUGCCAGGCUUAACGUUUAAUAUAUUUUUUUAAAUCCUUUUUUUAAAAGAGAAAUAAAAGA